GCCGCCGCCGCCGCCGCCUACUGCCGCCAGCCGGAGAGCGGCACGUACGUGCGGACGGCGCCGCUGGCCCCCGCGCUCGGCCGCUGCGGGCAAUAAAGGCCGUGCUGGCGUCAUCGCUCCGCGCCGCUCGCUCUCUCUGUCAUCGCUCCGCGCGGGCCAUGGCGGCGCUGUGGAGGGGCUGCGGGCGGCUGCUGGCGCGGCGGCCGGGGGCUGCGCAGGCGCUUACCGCCGGGGUCCUCAUGGGAGUUGGUGACGUGAUGGCACAGCAGCUGGUGGAGCGGCAUGGGCUGCAUGGGCACCAUGGCACCCGCACUGUGAAGAUGAUGGCAAUUGGCUUCUGCUUUGUGGGCCCGGUUGUAGGCAGCUGGUACAAGAUUCUGGAUCGACUCAUCCCAGGGACCUCGAAAGUGGUGGCUGUGAAGAAGAUGGUGCUGGAUCAGGGGGCUUUUGCACCGUGUUUCCUUGGUUGCUUCCUUGCCAUCACAGGUGCCAUGAAUGGUCUGUCAGUGGAAGAGAAUUGGUCCAAGAUCCAGCAGGACUAUGUGGAUGCCCUGCUGACCAACUAUUCUAUCUGGCCACCAGUGCAGAUUGCAAACUUCUACUUCGUGCCCCUGAAGCACAGGCUGGCCGUCGUCCAGUGCGUUGCCAUCAUCUGGAACUGCUACCUCUCCUGGAAGGCAAAUCGGGUGUGAUGUGGAACCUGUGCCCCCUCUCUGCCUACCCUGCCUGACCCUGCCCUACAGCCAGAGCCCCUGGACCAGAUGCCUGUGGCUGUGUACAGGGCUGGGAUAUGCAGGAUGUUGGCAGCAGCCGUCCUGUGCUCUCUUCAGAGGACCUGUGGAAGAGAAGACAGCACCAUGUCCAGCCUGAGAUGGGCCAGUGCUUGGGACUGGUGGGGGUCCAGCAGCUGAUGCAGACAGCUGGGGCAGCUCAGCCCCUCAACCUGUUGCUCCGUCCAUGCUUGCUCCAGUCCCCAGCUCUUGCCCUCAUGGACUUGGCUGCAGCUCUGCUCUGGACAACCAGAACACCCAGUAAAUGGUGUUUUCACUCA